ACCGCCGGCAAACAUGGCCGUGGCAGCUGCGCCUGGCAACAAUGUGGCGCGUGGUUCUGGGUGCCGCCAUCGCCGUACCAAUUUUGUACCGGGCUUUUGUGACUCAUCGGAUCAUGGAAGGCGCGACCAUUCACCCACUUCAGACGGACCCCAAGGUGGUAGCGGAGAGAGAGAAGUUCUUGUCUCUCCCGCUUGCCGAGAAGCGGGCAUCGUACAAGUGCGGUAGCAAGUUUGUCAUCAUUGAAGAUGUCGAUGACUGGCCAGCGUACAGUGCUGCCAAGAACAUUUCGGGAGGCGGCUCUGGAAAAUAUAAGGUUCGCCCUGACCUCAACUCCAAAGUUUCCAUAUUUGUUGGCGACAUCACAGCACUGGAAAUCGAUGCCAUUGUGAAUGCUGCAAACAACCGUCUUCUUGGAGGGGGUGGCGUGGAUGGUGCCAUCCACAGUGCGGCAGGACCCAAGCUCAAGGAAGAGUGCGCCACAUUGAACGGUUGCCCGACCGGUGAGGCCAAGAUCACUGGUGGCUACAAGCUGCCCGCCAAGUAUGUCAUUCACACAGUUGGUCCUGUUGGCGAGAACGAGGCCAAGUUGCACAGCUGCUAUCUCACUUGCCUCGAAACCCUCAAGGCGCACAGGCUGCGAACAGUGGCAUUUCCAUGCAUCUCAACAGGUGUCUACGGUUAUCCAAACGAGAAAGCAGCUCAUGUGGCACUGUCAACGGCACGCGAGUGGCUAGAAGCAGAUGAGAACGCCCACAAGGUGGACAGAAUAAUUUUUUGCCUGUUCCUGGCAGUGGACGUCAGGUUGUAUGAAAAGCUGCUCCCAGAGUACUUCCCUCUUCAAGGGUAGAAGAAGAUCGUUCACUCAUCCCACCCCAAACUACUGCCUGCCUUAGAUUUUUUUUUUCUUUUUUAUUAUCUCAAAUGCUGAUGUAUUCGUGAGAACUUUGGUUGAAUAAACUGUGGGGGAUGCAGGAACGUCCCUGGAUCUAAGCUGCCCCUUAACUUAA